AUGCCUCGCGCCGCCACCAGCGACCUGCCAGCCUGCUCCGACUUCUUCUCCGGCUCCAUCCACACGGCCCGGCCUCUCGGUCACUUCGAGACCCUCUUCGACGUGGAGACAUAUGUCACCCGCGGCACUGCCACCUCCAACUCGACCAUUGUCUUCUUGACCGACGACUUCGGCCUCAACCUCGUCGACAACAAGCUCCUCGCCGACCAAUACGCCUCAAGGACGGGGCUGCGCGUCCUCGUGCCCAACCUCCUCCCAAACGGGGGGCUUCCCGUGUCUACAAUACGUCUCGCCGACAAGCUGGCGGCGUCGGUCCAGUGGUACAAUCUCUUUGGCCACGCGGGGCGCGCGUGGUCCGGCCUGAAAAUCACCAUCAUCCUCACCAGCUUCUCCUUCAAGGUGCGAAGAGCUUUCCCUUCUGUCCUGAACUACGUGCGCGCUGUGAGGGCCUCCUUGCCUCUGGGGUCCAAGCUUGGCAUCGCCGGCUUCUGCUUGGGAGGCAAUUGGUCAUCUCGGCUGUGCGCCGAGCAUGCCACGGAGGGAGGAGGCUCGCACCUGGUCGGCGCACACUUCACCGCCAACCCAUCAAAUAUCGACCCCGGUGAGUUUGCCAGGCUUGCGAAUAGAUUCAAGGUACCGCAGAGCCUGGCCCUCGGGAAUGGGGACGCCGACUUGCCUAUCGAACAGGCGCACGACUUGGAGACGAACCUCAGGCGGGUCUACCGAGACAACCUCGACAGAUUGGAAGUCAGGAUAUAUGAAGGGUGCAGGCGUGGCCUCGCACUGCGCGCGGACUCGCAGACCGACCAGGCGGUCGCGUGGUUCCGAAGGUGGCUCGUCUGA